AUGGCCAAUGCAGCGCAGUGUUACUAUUGUUUCGAAACCCUGUCCGCUUCAUUUGAGAACCGUGAGCCUGCCUCUCUGGCAGCCGUAGAGGCUCUCUGGGAGCAACACGAGCAGUCUAAGAAGUUAUCAGACCUCGAAGCCCGAGGGGAGGGUACCCUUUCGGACGAGGACGCAGAAGAUUAUGAUGAGCCAUGUCUGUCGGAGUCUGUAAAUGACGAUGAUGAUAGUGGUGAUGCAAAGCGACUGUCCAAGAGUAAUCGGCCUCAGGGCCUUAAAUUACGCAGCAUCAAUCGUCUGCAGAGUCUAAUUCCCUCAGACUCAUCCAGUGCGGCAACCACGCCAUCCUCCGCUUCCAACACAUCUUCCAAUUCUCAACUGUCUAGCUCGACCGCUGUGACCACACCCGGCUCUCUGUCAGAUGUUCCCGGGUCGCGAAAUAAACCAACAGACCAGAAAUACCCAUUAUUCGUGACCUGGAAUACCAUCUCUAGGAGCGGAUCUAAAUCCCUACGCGGCUGCAUAGGCACCUUCGAAGCGCAAGACCUCCCAACGGGACUGAAGUCGUAUGCAAAGACCUCGGCCUUUGAAGAUACCCGCUUUGCUCCGAUUCCUCGGUCUCUUCUACCUUCGCUGUCAUGCUCUUUGACCCUUCUGGGUUCGUUCGAGCCGUGUACCAAUGCCAUGGACUGGACGCUAGGUACCCACGGUAUCCGUAUCUCAUUCGUCCACCGUGGUCGGCGCUAUGGUGCGACGUAUUUGCCCGAUGUUGCUGUCGAACAAGGCUGGACAAAGGAAGAAACAAUCGAAAGCUUAAUGCGGAAAGCUGGGUGGGAUGGUGGUGUUGGUAGCGUUGCUAGGAGACUUCUGCGAACCAAUGCUGGAGGGUCAAAUGCCGAGAAGCCCUGGGAAGAGGUCUCGGAUUUCCGGACUGUCAAGUAUCAAGGACUGAAGGCGAGUGCGAGUUACGCGGGCUGGCAGGAAUGGCGAAAGUGGGUGCUUUCUUUGGAUGAUGGCCAGGAACUCCUUGGUUUAGCCUGA